CUGACAACUUUCCUCUCCGCCUCGCCGUCUCUGCCGCUCCCCGACGACAUCGCCCAAGUCAUCGAUGCGUACCUCAACAAGCACGAGGAUUCUAGCGAAUCGACUUCGGACAGGUUGCACGACGAUCUCCUAAGCAUCUAUGAGAAGCACGUCAAGGGCACACCUGCCAAGUAUGCGGUCUUCAUCCAUAUCUUCCGGCUUCUGGUCCCAGUGCUUCGCACGCCGGCCCGCCUCUACAAGUGGUGGGAUACACUGAACGAUGCAGUCCUGGAACACUUCACUCGGGAGAAGGGUCUGAUGGAGGAAUCGCACAACGCCACCCUAGAGGUCUUGAUGCUUGGAAUUCCCGACAACGACGACUCGACCGCCGAGCUCAUUGUGAAUCCCUUUGCCAAACGGCUGUUGUCUUCCUGGAUGGACAAAUGCUACAAGACGCAGUCUGAAGGCGACUUGACCGGAGAAUCCAGCGAGCGCGCAAUACGCCAAGUGCUUAUCACGUACGGCAAGAAGCGCCCUAAGGACUUUCUCUUCACCCUCGACAAGUUUUUCGUCCGCAGUGAAUAUCGAGCUCGAGCCGCCAAACUUCUAUGUGAAUUUGUUCAGAGUCAGCCGCCGCAUCUGCACCAAAUACUGCAAACACCACUCUUCAGCAACUUGAUGCGAUGCCUGCAACAAGACACGUCCACCACCGUCAUCUCCGUGGCCAUCACCGCUUUGAUUAUGGUAUUGCCACAUAUGCCAAGCUCCUUGGUACCACAUCUCCCAAACCUGUUCAACAUCUAUGCAAGAUUACUAUUCUGGGAUAGCGAGAGGACCGGGAUUAUCGAAUCUACAUCAGAUGAAAGCGAACAGAAGAGCCUUGCUUCGCCCUCUGGUUGGGAAGCCUGCACUUUCUCUCCCGAGACCGACGACAUCGAUAUACCUCAUCUCGCCAACUACUUCACUAUCCUGUACGGCCUGUACCCCAUCAACUUCAUGGACUAUAUCAGGAAACCGCAGCGCUACUUGCGGCAUGCGAAUGCAGCCAAUCCGGACGAGGUCGAGGUUCAGCCAACCGAAAUACGUCACAAGUCCGAGCGCUUUCGACAAAGUCACCUUUUGCAUCCCAACUUUUACACUCUUACCAUCGAGUCCGAGAAGACCGAUUUCGGUCGCUGGAUGACGAGUGAGCCGGCAGAAGUUGUGGCUGAGUGUAUGGCGCUGCGCUUUUCCCCAGAUACUUUCGCUGCGGUCAACCCGGACGUCGCUCAGGCUGCAGAAGGCGAGAGCUUGCUCCUCGGUGAGGAAUCGGAUCGUGACGGUCUCGGGCCUGCGCUGCUAAGUGAUGCCGCACCCGAUGCUGGCGCCGACAGCUGGAGAAAUUCACAGAGCCCUGGAGGUGCUUCCAGGGCCAGCAGCCGCGUUCACUCCAAUCCACAACGUCAAAGCUCACUGUCAAGUCACCCAUCCAACAGAAACUCUCUGGACGCUUCGAGGACAGACGUACCGGGCGACAGCCCGACGUUGCAACCCCAGCUUGUAACGUCAUCAUCGCAUACGCAUUUGCAAGACAUGAUUCACUCGAACAAAGUGAUCAAGUCUGGGUUGCAUCAGUCACUCGCAAAUGAUAGUGUUCCAUCACUUGCACUUAGUCACCAGGAGUCUACGGCAGAGAAAUCAUCCUCAAACCCGCCUCCUCCGCUUCCAGCAAUCUCCGAACCACCCUCUACAACUGAUGGACAUGCUCAGAUUGCGCACUUGCAACGCCAGAUUCUUCUCCUUCACAAUGACCUGAAUUUCGAGAGAUAUCUCAAGCAGCAGCACAUGGCACACAUCGGAGAGCUUCGACGGAGACAAGUUCGGGAAGCCGCGAGUGAGGCCGAGACGCAAAAUCUCAUUUUGAACAAUCGCACCUUGAGGAAACGACUGGAAGACUCGAAGAAGGCCGAAAUGCAAAUCAGGAAGGAAUCGGAGAAGAGUCGAACUUUGGCCAAGAAAUGGGAGUUUGAUCUGUCCGCCAAGCUGAGAACUUUACGCGAAGAAUCGAGAAAGACGAAACUGGAAAUUCAGUCUCUGCAACAAGAGCUACAGGCUGCCAAAGAAGAAUGCGAAAAGCUGAAAAAGCUCGUCUGCGAUGCAGAAGUGAAGGAGCUGAACUCAACGCAAAAUAUGCAAUCCAUCGAAAUCAACGCUGGCGACAUCGAUCGACUGAAGGCCGAAGUGGAGCGACUAUCGACUUCUGAGAGGAAUCUGCAAGCUAAGGAGGCAGAAAGGCAGGCCGCUCUUGCAUCCGCCUCCCAAGCGGAAAACAAGGCAACAAUGUUGGAAUUGAAACUUCAAGCACGCGAGGAAGAAAUCCAAAAGAUGAAGAAGCUCUUCCAGACACAAAUUGGAGUCUUGAAUUCAAAGCUCCUGGAGGCGCACGAGGGAAUACACAACAGACGGUCAGCCGAGACCAAGGCGGCGGUUGAAAGCGCAUUGGCAGCAAGCCGGGCAAAGCAAGCAGAGUUGCAAAAGCAGUAUACCACUUUGAUGCGGAAGUAUACUGUACUGCAGUCUCAGGUGGAAGAGGGCAGGUUCAUUGUGGGGUCGUCGAACUCUCACAAUCGAGCCGACUUCCCUUUCCGCAUGGACGUGGACGGGGCAGACUCGACUCAUUCGACCAGCCCCGUAACGAUGAAAGGCAGAAGCUCGGGACUUCAUCGGGUCCUGUCGGAUAACUUCCUCCCGUCCUCAUACACCAACACACCACCCAUCAUGACCAACCCGUCGACGCCGGUGCCGCCCAGCGCGUCGCUUGCUCCGGCACCUUCUAGUCCCUUGGAGCCGGACGACGCAGCCAGCUCGAGCACCACGGAUCAACGAUACUUCGGCAGAGGCGGGGUUCAGAAUCGGCGUAAGGAUGAAAAGGGCAAGGCGAAAGACGACGCCGACAAGAAGAAAAAGUCCGGUGUCAUCCGUGGCAUCCGUGGCUACGUGUAA